AUGACUCCUUUCUAUAUUCCCACGACGGCGCUUCUCGCCCUGGUGGCUUCCUCUGCAUUCGCCACUCAAUCGCCAAACUUGCUUCAAGUGCGCGAAGACAUUGAACCAGGAUCUCCCCUUUACAAUUGCCAUGAAGCCUGUGGUGAGUUUAAAAUAACAACGCAAAUUGUGCCCACCCAAGAACAGACCACUAAGUCUUUGCAAUUAGGCGAGGUCAUCCUUAUGUCAGAGACUGCCAAUUACUGCGACAACUCAACCUUCACAUCCUAUCUCGAAUCCUGCUUGGAAUGUGCCAAGACAUAUGAUAUCUGGAAGUAUUAUGGCACCGAAGUAAAGUCAGCGGCCAGCAAUUGCAGUGACGAUGCUACCCCCAGCCCAUCUUCCGCUACCACGGGAGCGGCCGCCACUACCACUGCGAGUGGUAACAGCUCUUCCAAAGCAAGCUCUAGCACUAUUACAACUACCACGGGGACUGUUUCGGGUACGGCAGCAACUGCAGACAGCACUAACGGAGCUAUCUCGUAUGUUCGACAGAAUGCGGCUCUUCCGUUGAUCAUGGGGGGCUUGGCCUGGGCAUUGACGGCAUAA